AUUUAGCGUCAUAUGAGUACGGACAAUCUUUUUAUUAUUGCUGUUAACAUAAUAUUACGAGAUAACCGCAUUAUCUCUUGAUCUUACUAUAAAAUCUUCAGUGCUUGAGGAAAUAAUUUAGAAAUUCACGAUGCAAAGAAAGUUCACGGUUGCUGUGUUUCUCGUCUCUCUAGCGAUAUGGAAUGCCAACGCUGCAUCCAUCCAGACUUCUUCUACCAGUAGUUCUCAAUCAUCUUCAGAUAAAUCAAGUGUAUCAAAUACAACUGGAUAUUUAAUAAACGAGAAUUCAGUAACCUCAACAAAUUCAGAGCAAAGUACAAAUACAACUGAUGAAUCAAAUACGAACGAUGCAUCUACAACUUAUUCGGCCAAUUUAACAGAUGUGACAUUUACUGUAAAUAGAGCUGAUACAGUAAAUACUUCCAAUACUGAUAUUACCUCAGAAGCUAAUACAACAACGGCACUAUUAACUGCAUCUACUUCAGAUACUGGAAAUGCAACAAAAACUGAAGAUACUUUAUCUACACUUGUGUCUAGUUCUGCCAACUCUACAAAUUCUUCUUCAGGCUUAGAAGUUUCAAACUCAUUAAACACCACUGAUAAAUCGUAUCAAAAUGUUUUGAGGCAAACAGAUAACAGUAUUGAAAAUUCUACAUUGGAUUCUAUAACAUCAUCUAAUAUAACAACUGGGUUUAAUGCUUCAAGGUUUUUUAACGAAACUGAAACAUUAGAUACAUCAAUUUGGAAUACUUUUAAUUUUACAAAUACCACAAAUGUGAGCGCUAUUUCUAAUUCGACAUUAUUCACAGACAAUUUGGUUUCGCAGACUACUAAUAUCACUGUUGCAUCCAACUCGUCAUAUGAUACUGAUUCAAAGAAUUAUCAAAGUGCAUUACUUUCAACAGAUUCCGAGACUUCAGAGACUUUAAAUUCCACAACUUCAACAAAUAUUUCGGACGCAGCAACUUAUAAUGCAUCCAAUAUUAAUGAACAAUUUAUUAAUGUUACAACAUCUGGUGAUGCCACGGAUACAUCUAUAUCAGAUGCUUCAAAUGUUAUGAAAUCAACAAACGAAUUAAAUACAGUUAAUUCAAAAAAUUCGACUCAAAGUGCAAACACAACCUAUUUUCAAAGUUUGGAUGGCACAAAUUCUACUAACCUUUUGGGAAUUAACAAUGCAUCAACAACGACAGACGUUGUAAUUUCUUCGUCAUUAAACUCUACGACAGCAACAAAUUCUUCGUUUGAUGGCGAUAUUACAAGUUCAAUAAACUCAUUAAGUACAAAAUAUAAUUCAACAUCAGACAGUGCGAAUAAAACUAGUUCAACAGACUUUACAGGGUAUUUAAAUACUCAAAGUAGUCAAUCAGUGUCAGAUACCUUCGAGAAUACAAACACAAACGAUUCUUCGGAAAAUUCUAGUUUAAAAUCAGAAUAUUCUUCAAACUCCUCAUCAAGUUCAAAUAUUGAAAAUUCAGCAAAUUCUACAGUGAAUUUAAACUCAUCCUUAUCAGAAACCUUUAGCCACUCAAAUUCAUCGAUUAUAUUGGAUUCAACAAAUUCAUCCACUGCAAUUAAUGUUCAAACUUCUUCUGAAUCCAAUUCUACUACAUCAACAAUUACGACUGAUGACAUAAAAAAUUCAAAUCUACAAAACACAGUAAAAACAACAAGUAAUUCUUUGUCAGAUAUUGCAAAUAUAACAAGUUCUACUGAUAAUAGUAGCAAUAUGAACUUACAAGCAAUAAGUCAAUCUUUAGACUCUUCGAAAAGCACAAAUUCAAGUGAUUCUAUUGACAUUGCUACCAACAAAACUGAAUAUAUAUCCAAUUCCACAUCUGAAACAGAAACUAUGAAUUCCGUAAAUGAAACAGAAACUUCAGAUUCAACAGUAUUUGAAAACAAAAAUUCAACAAAUUUCUUAAAUACUGAAAACACCUCAAACUCUUCUCAUUCCUCCGAUGCAUUGAUAUCGUCUACAGUAAAUUCUACAAUUUCUGAAGACUUUACAUCGGACUCAGUUUUUGCAAACUUAUCAAAUUCAUCAACUAUAAAGGAAACAACUUUAUCCGAAACUAGAAAUUCCUCAAUUUCAACUGAUAAUUCACAUUAUGAUGGUCAUUCCAACCAGACAGUCUCUAAAUCUAACACUAAUAACACAGAAUCAAAUGAUUCAACAGAAUUGUUGCAAUCAGAAUCAUUUUAUUCUUUAGAUUCAUCGUCUGCAGAAGAUAUGACAAAUUCAAUAAAUUCAACAAAUACAUCCGGCACAUCUACACUAAAUAUAAUAAAAUCAUCAAGUUCAAAUGAGACUAAGAAUGUCAAGAAUUCUACCAGUGAAAUUGGUGCUUUAGUAUCCGUUACAUCAAAUAGCUCUAAUUCAAAACAAUCAACAGAAACAAGAAACAUAACGGACUUGUUUAAUACAGGAAAUGUAACUGAUGUUUUUUCUACAGAUAACACUACUUCAUUAAAUUCAACAGUAACAUCAAGUUCCUACAACGCUGAUUAUUCAUCUAUAAGUGAAGACUCCACAAGUUCUAUUAGUGAUAAUUCAAGUAUCACCAACUCAAUUGAUAAACUAUCCAACUCAAGCUCAACUCAGAAUAGUAGCACUUCAUCAAGUACAUCAGUGCCCAGCAGUUCAGUUUCAAGCAGUCCAGUAGCUGAUUCUGAUUCAAACUCCAAUAGCAGUUCUAUUAACUCAUAUGCAACAACAAAUACUACCAUUUCAACGAAGACUGAUGAUAUAGAAACGACGUAUUCCACUGAUGACAUCGCUUUUAGGAACGUAACAGAAGUCAUUGAUGAGGAAACUUCCAUAAUCACAAAUAAUCAUACUGAUACGUCAAGUAGAGUUGUUACCACAGAUAACUCUAAUAACGAGACAAUAAUCACUAUCGUGACAAAAAAUAUGACUGUUACAGUAAACGAUGAUAUCACAAAUAUAACUGAAAUUAUGGUUGUAACAAACAUAACCAGUAGUACUAAUACUACCGAAGAUAUUAUUAAAAGUGAUAUAACCGAUACAAUUACUACUGUUAUUUUUACUAAUACUACAAUCAUAACUAUGAUUACUGAGGGUAACGAUACCAUGGUUACUACAACGUCAUUUAAUAGUACAGAUUAUGUCGAAACAACAGCUGUUGAUGAUACAAUACACGACAUAAUAACUUCUAUAUUUAGAAAUAGUUCAGAUAUUACGACUUCACAAAGGUCAUCGGAUGUUUCAAAUAGAACUAUUACGAGUGAAUCAACAAAUUCAACUAAUUUAUUGAGAGUAACCGGAGAUGGAUCAGACUCUAACAGCUCAUCCGAAACAAAUACAACUUCCAUUUGUACGUCGCAAGGAUUCUUAGCAGAUCCAGAUUCUGAAAAUUGCACGAGAUACUAUGAAUGCAUUCAAAAUAGUGAUGGUGACUAUACUGAGUCAUUGAAUACUUGUCCUGAUGGCUCUUACUAUAAUCCCGAUACGACGUUAUGUGACUUUGAUUACGUAUGCCCAACAAACUCGACGGAUAACAACAACUCGACCAAUACAGGUAAUACCAGUGGCGAAUCAAAUUCAACUGACAUUUCCAACUCCACGUCUAUAUGCACAAGUCAAGGAUAUAUUGCGGAUCCAGACUCUAAAGACUGCACGAGAUACUAUGAAUGCAUUCAAAAUAGUGAUGGUGACUAUACUGAGUCAUUGAAUACUUGUCCUGAUAGCUCGUACUACAAUCCUGAUACGACUUUGUGUGAUUUUGAUUACGUAUGUCCAACAAACUCGACAAUUAACAACAACUCGACCGAUACAGGUAAUACCAGUGGCGAAUCAAAUUCAACUGACAUUUCCAACUCCACGUCCAUAUGCACAAGUCAAGGAUAUAUUGCGGAUCCAGAUUCUAAAGACUGCACGACAUACUAUGAAUGCAUUCAAAAUAGUAAUGGCGACUAUACUGAGUCAUUGAAUACUUGUCCUGAUAGCUCGUACUACAAUCCUGAUACGACUUUGUGUGAUUUUGAUUACGUAUGCCCAACAAACUCGACGGAUAACAACAACUCGACCAAUACAGGUAAUACCAGUGGCGAAUCAAAUUCAACUGACAUUUCCAACUCCACGUCUAUAUGCACAAGUCAAGGAUAUAUUGCGGAUCCAGACUCUAAAGACUGCACGAGAUACUAUGAAUGCAUUCAAAAUAGUAAUGGCGACUAUACUGAGUCAUUGAAUACUUGUCCUGAUAGCUCGUACUACAAUCCUGAUACGACGUUAUGUGAUUUUGAUUACGUAUGCCCAACAAACUCGACGAAUAACAACAACUCGACCGAUACUUCCAACUCCACUUCCACAUGUACGAGUCAAGGAUAUCUUGCGGAUCCAGACUCUAAAAAUUGUACGAGUUACAUUGAAUGUGUUGGAAAUGAGGAUGGCAGUUACACGGAGACAGUGUACACGUGUCCAGAUAAUUCUUACUACAAUCCCAAUACGACUAUUUGCGAUUUUGACUACAAGUGUACGACAGAUUCGUCGAAUUCUUCAUCGGGUUCAUCCGAUAACUUUACAUGUACAUCAGCUGGUCGGUUCCCAAACAGCGGUGACAGUACUUGUCAAUCGUAUUUUAGCUGUGUGUUAUUGGCCAAUGGAACCUUUGUUUUAAAUGAGUAUAACUGUCCAAUAUCUUCAUGGUUCGACCCGAAUAAACUAUAUUGUACGACGUCAUACACGUGCGGCUCCUAGACACUCAAAUAACAAAUUAUUAAAUUUAAGAAUUGCUAUGUUAUUGAAACAACUUAAUAAAUUAAUACAAUUGAUGUAAUUUUAUUUACCACACAAAUACUACCUACUACAAUAAAACUUGAUAUUAUUAUAUAUUUAAAUGGAUUUCAUAUUAUUAAGAAGUUCAAAAAGUAUAAUAUUCUGCAACCCGUUUUCAGAAAAUUGAAAAAAAUACUUUCAAUUAUGAAACCUUUAACUAAGAUCUAAAUAGGUAAGUUCAAUUUCAUUAUUUUCAAUUCUAAGCACUUAAAAUAACUACGCGUUGCUUAGAUCCUCAGUAGAUCACAGCAAUCCAACAAUUUAUAAAUUUCUUAUUAAUUAUUAGCCCGAGGAAGAAGAUGUUGUCAUGAUGCAUGCACCAUCAAGAAGACUCGGUAAAUUUUGCUGAGAAGUAUAUUAUAUGUCGUUAUAUGCAUUAUAUUUUGUCACAUGGUGCAAAAAGCGUGGUUUUUCUAUGUUUAAAAUGUUUCCAAGACAAAUCUCUUACGAAACUAUGGAAUUUAUGUUUUUUAUUUGUCAUAUUUCUCCUUUUUCUUUUAACUUCAUCUAAUAAUGUAUCCUUUAUCUUUACGUCCUGAAACUGUGCUUCGUUAAUUAAUAUCAUGGCGAGUUUCCUUGCUGUCAUAAGGUUUUGUUUAAACUUGUCAGUUUGGCCAAAAAUUUCACUAUUGUUUACUACCGCCAAGUUUAUAUAAAGAUUUGACUUGUCUGGAACUAAACUAUGACUUGUGUUAGAUUUUUUUAUAUGUGCGAAGUAUUUUCGGAAGUAAUUUUCUCUCGCCUUUUUAAUAUACUCAGCAGUGAUGGGUUUGUGUUUGUAUUUAGCCCUUCUGUCUCCUACAGUGACAGUACUCAAGGUGGUGUCUUCAUCUUCCGUAGAUUUCUUAUCACCAUUUGGAGUGACCACCUUGAAGGGCGUUAUAUUCUCGCUGUAACGUUUGUGGUUCUCACUUUCGAGUUCCGGAAAACUUGUAACCAAAUAUGUGGAUUCAUUAAUUCGUCGCACUUGGUACGUUUUUACACUAAUAGAAUAUGUCGUGAAACUAUUGAAUAUUAAUUGUAAAAAUAAGAUAUAUCUUGUAAUCAAAGAAAUCAUUAAAAACUAUUUCACAUUGAGACUUACGCGUCAUUUUGACAAACUUAGUCGACAAUGUCAACUUAUUCUGUACAUCCUAUGACAAUGGCAUCAUAAACAAUUAAAAAGUAUACAACGUGACCUUAUUUUAAAAGUAUGUGGUCUAAGGUUGAAUUAGUUCUUCGUUAGUCUAUUUAUGGUUAGGUUUUAGAAAUGGUGCAGACAUUCGCAAAUUACAAACUUUUCUAUAUCUAAAGUGUAUAACUGUGUAAGUACCAACCACUUAACGCCAAGACGCGUGAUACCGUCGCGUGUAAGUCGGUAAAAAGUGAAUGAAAAUCACACAAUGGACGUCGAGAGUCAGCUCCCAUACCACGGAAUCAAGGUCAAAUUUGUCUGGCAAAUCAUCCAAAUACACUUUGCAUCUCAACACAACUUUACAAAGUAAAAUAAACUUUAUUCAGUUGAGUAUUAAGACUGAAAUCGUUUUAAUUGGAUUGUACUUAGAUCGAUCUGAAGAAAGAGUCUGAGAUAGUUCCCGAUGGUGUUAUUGUUUUCAUUGCCACCGAGCACACGCUUCUUAAUUGCCAUUUCCGUAAAUGAACAAGAAAGCAAUGGAAUCGUGAAGGUUUAAAAAAGUGUUGUAGAUAUACGGACAUUUUUUUCUUAACGUUUAGAAUUUUAAAGAAAUGAAUUGUUUGCCAUGAGAUAAAAACGAAGAGGAGGAAAUUAAGAAUUUUUAUUUAGAUUUUCUCUUUGAUAUCGAUAUCGAUUCUAAUGCCUUUGUGCUGAAAAAAAGAUCCCAUUGAUCUAUAAUCUAUGCAAUAUGUACUGGCUGUGAGAUUUAAUAGAAAACGUAUAUAAAAUAUUUGGAAAAGCAAGAUUUCUUAAAAGUUUAGUCCAUUUUAUUUAUU